AUGUGCUUUUACAUCCACAAAACCUUCACAAUUUGUGGCCAUAGCACAUCCCAAGAGUGGCUCUGCAGGGUCGGUGCCCAAAAAAAGUUCAAACGCAAGUUUGGGUUCAUCAAGCCUGCCCAUCUUAACCGGAUCAUUACUUGUCCAAGACCAAAGAAGGACAAAAAGAGGAUUGAGUUCGGCUUCUGCCAUCGUUGCGUGGAACAUCGAAAGGCCUUGGAGAAGGCGCGUGCUGAGGACAUUGUGGACGCCGAGGAACGCGCCACAACGGGCUAA